UGCACUGCUCCCGCAGCUGAUCCCGGCGCUCCGGGGGAAGGCGAGACUGGAGCAGAGACGCCGGGCGCCCGAGCCGAGGUGAACGCCGCGCGCACAGCUGGUUGGAGCUGCUGAGGGUGAGCUGCUACAGUCCGUAGCCAAGCAUGCUGUGGUCGGAUCUGCCCAGCCGUGGAACAGAAACAUUUGCUGGAUGGAAAAUCCAUAAAAGAAAGCUCCUGUGAAAAGCUGAGGCGGACGAUAACUUAAGCAAAAUCAGAUAUAUUUGGACUGCUUGACCUUCUUUGAGUGAUUGCUGUUAAUUAACAGAUUUUGUGGGAGAAAGGGAGCUUGCCUUCUGAACUUUAUACCAAAGACCUGGGAAAACUAACCAUCUCAGUCUUUCCUGAGUACCUGGGAACUGCUGAGGCCCCUGCGGACUGUCGCUAUGGGCAGAUGGUACCCGGAGGCUCACUGUUGUCCAGGCAGCUCAUGACAGGAUGCUGUUCGUUGAUGGAAUGUAGAACGACAUCCACUGAGCACCAAAAUAAGAAGUAAAUAGCUCGAGCUGACCUUUCCUGACUUUUCAUACAGAUUUCAAAUUAUAACCUAUUUCCUGCACCAUUGCCGACGUCCAGUGAUCCAUGUCAGAAGUACUUCCAGCUGACUCAGGUGUUGACACCUUGGCAGUGUUUAUGGCCAGCAGCGGAACCACAGACGUCACAAAUCGGAACAGCCCAGCCACACCACCAAACACCCUUAACCUCCGUUCCUCCCACAAUGAACUGUUGAAUGCCGAAAUAAAACACACAGAAACCAAGAACAGCACCCCCCCCAAAUGCAGGAAAAAAUAUGCACUAACUAACAUCCAGGCAGCAAUGGGCCUCUCAGAUCCAGCUGUACAGCCCCUGCUGGGGAAUAGCUCUGCCAACAUCAAACUAGUGAAAAAUGGGGAGAACCAGCUCCGGAAGGCUGCAGAACAAGGGCAGCAGGACCCCAACAAAAACAUCAGCCCCACUGCAGUCAUCAACAGAACUUCUGAGAAGUUAGAGAGUAAAGAGCCCCACCCGCCAGAUUCCUCGGGCUGUGAGAUUUUACCCUCCCAGCCCAGGAGAACUAAGAGCUUCCUAAAUUACUAUGCAGACCUGGAAACCUCAACCAGAGAACUAGAGCAGAACCUAGGCAACCACCAUGGGGUUAUGGAAGAGAAAUCCCAGCCAGGCCAGGGCCAGGCCUCUACCAUCAUUGGGAAUGGAGAUUUGCUGCUGCAGAAACCAAACAAACCCCUAUCCAGCCCCGAAGACGGCCAAGUAGCCACAGUGUCAUCCAGCCCAGAGACCAAGAAGGAUCAUCCUAAAACAGGAGCCAAAACAGAUUGUGCCCUACAUCGGAUCCAGAAUCUGGCACCGAGCGAUGAGGAGUCAAGCUGGACAACGUUGUCCCAAGACAGCGCCUCACCCAGCUCCCCAGAUGAAACAGCAGAUAUAUGGAGUGAUCACUCAUUUCAGACCGAUCCAGAUUUGCCUCCCGGCUGGAAAAGAAUCAAUGACAUUGCUGGGACCUAUUAUUGGCACAUCCCAACAGGAACGACUCAGUGGGAAUGGCCUGUCUCCAUCCCAACAGAUCUUCAGGGUUCUAGAAAAGGGUCACUUAGUUCUGUAACGUCAUCUCCCACCCCAGAGAACGAGGAUUUGCAUGCAGCCACAGUUAACCCGGACCCCAGUUUAAAAGAGUUUGAAGGAGCAACACUACGCUAUGCAUCUUUGAAACUCAGAAACGCCCCACAUGCUGAUGAUGACGAUUCUUGUAGUAUCAACAGUGACCCCGAAGCCAAGUGUUUUGCUGUGCGCUCUCUGGGGUGGGUAGAAAUGGCAGAAGAGGACCUCGCCCCUGGUAAAAGUAGUGUUGCUGUCAACAACUGCAUCAGGCAGCUUUCUUACUGCAAAAACGACAUCAGAGACACAGUCGGCAUUUGGGGAGAGGGCAAGGACAUGUACCUGAUCCUGGAGAACGACACGCUCAGCCUGGUGGACCCCAUGGACCGCUCAGUGCUGCACUCCCAGCCCAUCGUGAGCAUCCGCGUGUGGGGUGUGGGCCGCGACAAUGGCCGGGAUUUUGCUUAUGUAGCAAGAGACAAAGAUACAAGAAUUUUGAAAUGUCAUGUAUUUCGAUGUGACACACCAGCAAAAGCCAUCGCCACAAGUCUCCACGAAAUCUGUUCCAAGAUUAUGGCCGAACGGAAGAAUGCCAAAGCUCUGGCCUGUAGUUCCUUACAGGAAAGGACCAACGUGAGCCUCGACGUUCCUUUACAAGUAGAUUUUCCAACACCAAAGACUGAGCUGGUCCAGAAGUUCCAUGUGCAGUACUUGGGCAUGUUACCUGUAGACAAGCCAGUCGGAAUGGACACCCUGAACAGUGCCAUAGAAAGUCUUAUAACCUCAUCCAGCAAGGAGGAUUGGCUGUCAGUGAACAUGAAUGUAGCCGAUGCGACUGUGACUGUCAUCAGUGAAAAGGAUGAAGAGGAAAUCUUAGUGGAGUGUCGUGUGCGAUUCCUGUCCUUUAUGGGUGUCGGGAAGGAUGUCCACACAUUUGCCUUCAUCAUGGACACUGGGAACCAGCACUUUGAGUGCCACGUUUUCUGGUGCGAGCCUAACGCCGGGAACGUGUCCGAGGCAGUGCAGGCCGCCUGCAUGUUGCGAUAUCAGAAGUGCUUGGUGGCCAGGCCACCUUCACAGAAAGUUCGACCACCUCCUCCGCCAGCAGACUCAAUGACCAGAAGAGUCACAACCAAUGUAAAACGAGGGGUCUUAUCCCUCAUUGACACUUUGAAACAGAAACGCCCUGUCACAGAAACGCCGUAGCUGCACAUGUGAAAGGAUUGUGUAAUACUUACCCGAAGACUGAAUAGCUACACUAAAGAAAAUGAACUGAUACCUGGCCUUCCGUUCAGUUGCCGAUGCUUUGUCUUCAGAGGAUUUAUCCGUAAGCAAACAGUGUUAGACAAGCAUGUUCUCGCGUCUUGCCACCAUCAUGUGAUAUGAAAAGAAGCAUGAAUAAUUUGUUUUGCUAUCAGUAAGUUACAUCAUGAGCAGUGGAAGGUCCUUUUCUUAUUGUAAAUAUCGUGAACAUUACUUAACUUCACGCACGCGCGCGCGCACACACACACACACAGAGAAGAAUGCGGCCACACACACACACACAGAAGAAUGCGGACACACACACACCCACACACACCCACACACACACACACACACACACACACACCCACACACACACACACACACACACACACCCACCCACCCACACCCACCCACACACACACACAGAAGAAUGCGGCCACACGCCUCCUAGUGACUAAUGCUGCGUCCUUGGAGUGAAUGAUGCCUGAGUUAGUUUCAUUGUCUUCUUGACUGGAUCUGUCACAAGCAACCUUUAAGUCCUACAGCACUUUGCCCUAUUUUCAACAUUGGAGUAGACACUGUAUAGCAGAUACCCUUGAAUUGCUAUAAAAAUAGGAUGAUGAGUUUUUGUUUCAGUUUUACAUAAAAUUGAACCUAUUCGUUGACAAAAUUGGCUGUUGGCAUCAGAAUAGAAACCAACUGGCAGCUUUCCUUGAUGAGCUCUUUGACACAUGGACACCAUUUCAUGUCUACAGCUGUUUGUGGGAUGUUGGAAAAAAGUAAAAUUUCAAAAUUGAUGAAAAACUAAAUUUGAGGAAUUAAAAUUGAACAAAAAAUAGCCUUUUCAGAUGGCUUUAAAACUGAUUAUUUUUAAAAAGAGAUUGACAAAAUCAUAAUGCAUUUGGGGUGGGACAUAUUUCAAACUUCUGCCUUAUAUUGUACAAUGCAUCUAGAGAAUUAUAGUUCACUAUGGCCAUUCUCUACAUAAACUUUAAAAUGAAAUAUUCCUCAUAAGCCUUUCAUCCUUAGUUUGAUAAUUAGCCAAUUUGCAAUUUGAAGUUGAGCAAAUGUAAUUUAUAUUUCUAUCAUACGUGAUUAUUUUAUAUCUCUACCAAUGCGUUAUUUUGUUAGUCCACAUCCUAGAAUUCUGCAUCUAGCUCAAUCUCACUCUAAUGCUUUUUGCCCAGAAAGCUGUCUGUCCAUCAUGUAUUGUCCAUGGCAACAAAUUACAUUAAGUUGAACUUUUCUUGAAUUCAUGUAUUUAAUAUUACAAUUUUUUGGACUCAACUAGAUAUAUUUUAAAUUUCAUUUUUUUCCAUUUUAUUUUCAAGAUUUAAAAAUUUUCAUGUCAGAGCAAAAUACACAUAGGAGUAAUGGACUGUCUAACAAGUUUCCCCAAAUAGCGUUUCUUCUUUCCGUAGAUAAGAAAGUUACCUAUAAACAUACACAAAUUUAGACUCUUGUUGACAUUGUCGUUUUAAAAGGAAGUUGCUAAGGAGUUCAGUCUCAAUAUCAGUCUUGUUUACUUUUUAAUGUCAAAAUUAACGUUUACAACAUCCAGUUAUAAAAAUUAUGCUUUAUGUUUAUACACUGCUGUGUACUUGUUUCCACAUUCUUGUCACAUCUGAGCCUUAUAAGGUAGAGAAGGUACCAAACACACUUGUGAAAUAAAAAUAUGAAGUACUAAGAGGCUAAACCAACAGGCCUAAGCUCUCACCAAAGGUCAAGAGAGAACCAGGACCCAUAUCUAGGACCCGUGUCUCCCAACUCCUACUUCUUACCAUGUUUUGCUGCCUCCACAUCAGGAAGAGCUUUUCCAAAAUGACUCUGGGUGUAUACAAAGAAGAGCAGGUAUGGAGAUACUGUCAGGUAAUCUUAGAAUUCCCUGUGUAAGUAGGGAAAUACGUCCAAAUUACUUAUGCCGUGGUGUUAAUUAUAAAACUAUUGCCCUCUCCAAGUCCAGGACUGUUUUCCUGGAGUGUGCCUCAAGUGUGUUGUAAAGGACGGGAUUCUGCAUUCAGUGCAGCCUGCUCAAUCUGUGAGAUUUUCCAGAAGUGGUGUUACUUGUGGUAGACAUACUCCUAACUCGUGGUACUUGGCCACCAGAGAACCAGAUGGAAUGAGGAGGUGGCUUCCUACCUGCCGUUCCCUCUCAGAAUUCACGGGGCUGGAAUUGUUUGCUAGCAUCCUGAUGUUAUGACAAAAAUGAUGCUUCUGUAGAAAUGUGUUGUACUUCUAACCAACUUACGUACUAUCUGAAGUAACCAGUGCCAUCAUAAGAAAUUAUUCCAUUAAGAAAAUCCUUACUGUGCCCUUAGAAAAGCUGUUCAGAACUCAGUUAUGAUGAUCUUUCAUCUUGAUCUCCACCGUGAAAAUGUUUUAGUAUGAUAAACUUCAAAAUUCUAAACAGGUAAAUCCACUUUUAUACUGCAAAUCUCCACCAGAACCCCCGUUCAUUUUUUAAGGCAUAUAUCUGUUUGUUUUCAGGAUCAAGAAUACUGAGCUAGCUUUAAGUAGCAAACUGAUUUAUAUAUGCAAUUAUAGGCUGCAUUAAGAUGAAUGAUAGCCUUUACAUAUUGAAAACUUUACUACAGAUAUUUUGUUUUGAAAAUAGCUUUGCAUACGAAAUGCAAAUAAUUUUGUAAAGAUUAUGUUAAACAGUAUGUUCAGACACUUUCUGCCAUGGCCAAAAAGUAUGUAUGAAAGUUUGUGUAUAUUUGUCUGUGAAAGGAUGCCAAUGUUUUACCUGAUAUCUUAGCGACCCUUAAGUUAUCUAUGCAUUCUUUAUAUCUGUGAUUCGGUAAACAGGCAGCCGUGUUCACUAUGCCUUGUAUGUCAUCAUUUUUUUAAUUAACUUGUUAAAUACAGCUUAAGAUAUUUUUAUUUUAUUUAUUCUAUUUUUACUGAAAUAUACUGCAUUAUUGUGUUAAUGUAUUAUCUUUACUGGAUAUUAUCUCACAAUGUAUCCAUGUCUAAGUAAUCUCAGUGAACUAUACAUUGCCUAAAAGGUGAUUUUGUAAUGAUUUUUAGUCACAUUUCUAUUGGAAUAUGUAGAAGAAAAGGCAAAAUGCUUGAAGUUCCUUUUAUUUUUUAAAAGCAGCUAGAUAGACGCAGACUUGCCACCUCAUGUAUGUGCUCCCUGGCGGCCUCAAGGGGAACAGCCAACACGCCUGUGGCUAAACACUUUACUUUGCAAACUAAAGCACUGCUCGGUGCUUCGUUUUUAUAUCCUUCACAACACAUGUGAUUUCAUCCAAGAUAUAUAUGUCUACAUGCCCUUCGUUUCCACCUGGAUGUAAGAGCACCCGUAGCUAAUUAGGACCAUUGGUUUUUGUUUGUCUUUAUUGCAUGAAGGGAUUUUAGACCCAUUUCCAUUAAAAUAAGUUCUUGGUAAUAAACUGUUGGCAUUGCUACCUUUUUUAAAUCCACUUUGAUUUUAAGAUGGACGCUUGUAAGACUACUCCACACAAGGCCAUUGACUAAACCCCGAAGGUUCCUCCUUUUCUUGUAUGGCGCACUCAUCUCUUACGCAUUGCAGUGCAAACUCAAGAUUUCAUCAACAACAUGAAAAACACUUCCCUAACUGAUAUUAGCACAAUUUAAUAAAAUCAUUAGCUGUCCAGUUUGCCCAGCUUAACCUAAUACAUGUCUAGAAUGUGUUAUACAGCCAGUAAAAUGAAGUUUAAUUUAUUUCUGCUUCAGGGCAAAGAUACUCGCUCACGCUGUGUCAGUGAGAGCAUUCCCUGGCACCCAGAGCAGCCUGUUUACCCUGGAAGAACACUUUGUUUUCCUUUUCGCCCCUUUUGCUGUUGACCACUUUUACACAUUUAAAUGUAAUAUGUUGUGAGAAUAAAUUUAGCUGCAUAAAA